ACGGCUCACAGUGCUGCAAACUGCUGAUCUUCAGAUUUGGGAGCUAAAGGGAUUUCUUAGUUUUCGGAUUGGAACAAAUGGCCUAGCAAUGAGUCGCGACAACGAGUCCAUGAAGUGGUUCCACGGCAACCUGUCGCGGGAGGCAGCAGACGAUCUUCUCAAGCAAGGUUACGAAGAUGGAACAUUCCUGGUGCGAGAGAGCAGCACAGCAGCCGGAGACUUUGUAUUGAGUUUGCUUUGCCAGGAAGAGGUGUGCCAUUACCAAGUCCGACGGCACGGGGGCGAGGACGCCUUUUUCUCCAUUGACGACAAGGUGCAAACAAAGAUCUUACACGGUCUGGACACCCUUGUGGACUACUACCAGCAGGCCGCCAAUGGGCUGCCUACCAAGCUAACAGUGCCUCUGAUACGCGAUCCUCCGCCGCACAACACCCGAAGCCAUGGAGUGACCAACCUGCUCCACCGUGCCACCAGCAAAAAUGAGAGCAAGGUGGUCUUUGAACUGCUCAAAUGCGGCUAUCGUAACUUCGAUGCUAAGAACCAGGAUGGACAGACGGCCCUUCAUUUAGCGGCUCUCCACUCUGACGAGGAUAUACUCAAACUUUUGUUGGACGCAAAGGUCCAGGUCAAUAGUUCCGACUCCUUUGGCAACCAGCCUCUACAUUACGCUGCUCGCUCUAAGCCGGCCAACUUUAUUCGGACCCUUAUCGCUGCACAGGCCAAUGUCCAGGGAAGGAACAACGAGAACGGCUACGUGCCCCUUCACGAGGCAGCCAAGUAUGGGAAUCUAGAGGCAGUGCAGGAACUUUUGCUGGCGGAAGCUCCACCCCUGCCGAGGACCACCAUGGGAGAGUUUCCCUUCGAUCUUGCCAAGGAAGCGGGUCAGACCGCAGUGGAGGAGUUCCUUCUUAACUACAAGCUGCCCCCAGCCAAUACCACAAGGGAACAGUGGUAUCACGGCACGCAAUCCAGGGAAGAGGCCGUGGCAAAUCUCAAGAAGUAUGCCAAGGAAUUGGAGGCAAAGAAUCCGCAAGUAGACACCUCAGGUUGUUUUCUGGUUCGCUAUUCUGAGUCGGCAGCGGCCACGGGCUUGGUGCUUACCCUCUUCUGUGACCAAGUGGCUAAGAACUUUCGCAUCUCGCAAGCUGAUCUCUACCAGAACGGUGUAAAACUACAGUCCGGAGGGUCCAAGUUUCUGUACAUCGAUGACGGGCCCUACUGGCCCAGCCUGGAACACCUAAUAGCCCACUUCAUGCGCUUCUCGUAUGGGCUCCCCGUAAGCCUAAAGUACCCUGUGCCGCCGCAACCCAAACCUGAAGUUCCCUCGUUUGCCACGAUCCCCAGGGCUUUGGUUAAGUCGCGAACAACACCGCCAGCCACGCCUCCUACUCCAACUUCGGCGAAUCCUCAUCCUCACACCGCUCAUCCCCAUCCCCCAGUACCAACUAUCGCCAAGAAAAAACAGAAAGAAAGUGGUGGCUCGGUGUUUAACACGCUGCGGCUAACCAGUCCCAAGAAGGGCCUUUUCGACAUGAACAGUCUCCGGAAGAGCAAGGCCAAAAGCAAACGAAGUGAGUCCGAGAGCAGCGUAAGCGGGUCGGCAGCAAGGUCGGAGCAGGAACUUCAAGCAGCAGCGCCAAUGCUGAAGAGUCUUUCGUUUUCCACCGAGUUCUCCGUCUUCAGUGCGGAGGGAGGAGGCGGAAUCAUUCCUGCUCCGGGAGGAGAACUGUACAACGUCCCCAGGAACAAUACGCCCAUCGACCUGCCUCCCAUUGCCCAAAAGACUGAAGCCGAAGUUGAGUAUUUCACCAAGAGUGAUGUGGCGAUUGAGCGGGAGCGUGCUGGUCAGUGGGCCGCCAACGGCUACCAGCCCACCGUUGAGGUCCUCUCAUUGCUGGACCAUCAGAUCAGAAACCCCGCUCCGGGCCGCCUUCAUUCAAUCGUUUCUACAGCCUCCACGGAGACCGAAAUGGCUAGCUACUUGCAGCGCAAGUGCAGCGGAUCCGCCACCACUCCCCCGCCCAGCGCCAUAGAGGCGGCUAAACUAAGAUUCUUCAUCGAGCCGGAGAACCUGGUACUGGAGUGCGAGAUAGGAAAUGGGGAAUUCGGGUCUGUGCACAGCGGUUGGCUGGUGAAGAAGGGAAGUGGCCAGGCUGGUGAGUCUCGGCAGGAAGUGGCCAUUAAGAUGCUCAGCGACGAGCACAGCAAUAAGCAGGAGUUUCUACGCGAGGCUUCGGUGAUGAUGCGGCUGGAACACAAGUGCAUUGUGCGCCUGAUUGGCAUCUCGAAGGGGGACAUGCUGAUGAUGGUUCAGGAGCUGGCUCCGCUGGGCUCCAUGUUGCAGUAUCUUCUGGACCACAGCGCUGAUAUUACGGUCAACACAGAGUUGAAAGUGUGGGCGUCCCAGAUUGCUUGUGGAAUGCACUACCUAGAAUCUCAGCACUUUGUUCAUCGCGACCUGGCCGCCCGGAAUAUCCUCUUGACCAGCCGCCAUCAGGCCAAGAUAAGCGACUUUGGGAUGUCGCGAUCCCUGAGGCCCGGCAGCACGGAAUACCAGUUCACCCAAGGCGGUCGCUGGCCCAUCCGCUGGUAUGCUCCGGAGAGCUUCAAUUUGGGCAUCUUCUCGCACGCCAGCGAUGUGUGGUCGUUCGGGGUGACCAUUUGGGAGAUGUUCGCCCUGGGAGCACCGCCAUACGGUGAAAUUUCCAAUGUGGAUGCCAUCAAGUUGGUGGACAGUGGCGAGCGAUUGCAGCAACCCAGCCUCUGUCCCGCGUACAUCUACGCCGUGAUGCAAAGCUGUUGGAAGGAGCGGCCCAAGGACCGGCCCACUUUCGCCUACCUCAUGGAGUUUUUUACCCGUGAUCCUGACUACCAGAACCUGCCAGAGCUGGUGCAAACAGUCCACAUCUGAGCCACUCCCUCGUCUCCAUUAGAGUGCAAUUUCCAUAGUUAUUUCUGGACUCGUUGACCGUAUUUGUUAUCCCUGUAUCCUAGUAUUUUGCGAGUUAUAUUUUUUGUAGAAGUAGUCCUUAUCCUUAGAGUAUUUUAUAUGUCUUCUUGUACUGAAGAAGUUUGUGUCAAAAAAGCAAAUAUGUGCCUUAAAACAUUCAACGUAACCAAUUCUAUUUUAAUUGUUAUACGAAUAAAAAAUAAACUAAAUAUUUUUUAUACAUUUUUAUAAAGUUUUA